UGGAAUGGGUCACGGCUUUGUUCAACAGUAGGAGGGGAGGGCUGACGGCUACAGUCGCUAAAAGUGUAAAAUACAAUCAGCCGGGCGAACUAUCCUGUCAUAUCUCUGUGUAGCUGUGUUGCAACGUAACUUCCAGAUAUUUGUUUCUCCUGGACUCGAAGGAUUUCGUCUAAGGGAUGUCAAAGCGAGUGCGAAGCAGAGAGGUCUGCGCUGAUUGCAGUGCUCCGGAACCUCGCUGGGCCUCUGUUAACAGGGGUGUGCUGAUCUGCGAUGAGUGCUGCAGCAUCCAUCGAGGUCUUGGGAGACACAGCUCUCAAGUCCGACAUCUGACUCAUUCUCCGUGGCCACACUCACAGCUGCAGAUGGUUCAAACACUGUAUGGCAAUGGAGCUAAUUCCAUAUGGGAGCACAGUCUUCUGGAUCCUUCCUCUUCAGUGAGUGGGAAACGCAAAGCCAACCCACAGGACAGAGUGCAUCCUAAUAAGACAGAGUUCAUCAAGGCAAAAUAUCAGAUGCUGGCGUAUGUACAUCGGAUGCCUUGUCGGGAGGAUGACAGUGUGACUGCAAAAGACCUCAGCAAGCAACUUCAUUCCAGUGUCCGUACUGGGAACCUGGAGACCUGCCUUAGACUCUUAUCUUUAGGAGCUCAGGCUAACUUCUUUCAUCCAGAGAAGGGAAACACCCCACUACACAUAGCAGCAAAAGCAGGUCAAAUAUUACAAGCGGAGCUAUUGGCAGUUUAUGGAGCUGAUCCUGGAGCGCUGGACUCGAGUGGGAAGACCCCCAUUGAUUAUGCAAGACAAGCUGGGCAUCAGGAGCUGGCAGAGAGACUAGUGGAGAUCCAGUAUGAACUCACUGACCGGCUAACAUUUUACCUUUGUGGACGAAGACCAGAUCACAGAAAUGGGCAACACUUCAUCAUUCCUCAGAUGGCAGACAGAAAUAACAGCCUGGAUUUGUCAGAGUUUGCAAAAGCUGCAAAGAAGAAGCUGCAGUCGCUAAGCAACCAUCAGUUUGAAGAGCUGGCCAUGGAUGUUUAUGAUGAAGUCGACAGAAGAGAAACGGAUGCAGUGUGGCUGGCCACUCAGAACCACAGCACGCUGGUAACAGACACCACAGUUGUGCCUUUUCUGCCUGUCAAUCCUGAGUACUCAUCUACCAGAAACCAGGGUCGUCAGAAAUUGGCAAGGUUUAGUGCUCACGAAUUUGCCACACUGGUCAUCGAUAUUCUAACAGAUGCUAAGCGACGGCAGUGGGGUAAUUCCUGUGAAAGUCCCAAAGAUAAUGUGGAGCUGAUCCUUCAGGGAAUAGACGGUCACCACAACAGUGAGGGCCAAGAUAAUGACCAGCCAGAUUACGACAGUGUGGCAUCAGAUGAAGAUCCGGUCCAAGAGGCAACAUGUGGAGACAGCUGCAAUGAUGGAAGGACCAAGAGCUCAGAGUCUUCUGAUCUGUCUGAUGGACCAAUCACAGUGCAAGAAUUUAUGGAGGUGAAGAGCGCCCUCACUGCAUCAGAAGCCAAAAUACAACAGCUUCUGAAAGUCAACUGUCACCUUAGUGAAGAGCUACGUUUGAUGCAGAGCAAGCUGAAUUCCCUGCAGACUGAAAACACAACACUGCGAUGGCAAACCCCCAGCGGACAGCAACAACCCCAGGGCCUCUUUGGUCGACAGCAACCUCGCGGAGGCCGCGCCAGGUCCAUGUAUGAGACGGGCUCUACUCCAAGGCAGUACCCCCACCGAGUUGACACAGCUCGGCAUGACGAUGGAGUCAUUUUACAACCCUUCCCUACCAAUAUUGGUAGGGGUCCUUUGGGGACGGCUGCUUCCUCCCUUCCUACCUUCCCCUCUUCCCUCUCCUGGUCGUGGGAUGAGAGAUCUCGAAGGGGCUGUAGUCUGGAAGGACAGAGUACAGUGCUGGAGAAUGACUAUGACACUACACCCAAUCACUCUGAAAUGGAGGAGAGUGGCAGCCCUCUUGCUGCCUCUGAAGCAGCCCACCAGCAGGAGGAGGGCGAGGAGGAUGCCACCCUGCCUUGCACAGAGGACGUCAUCUGUAAGACGGAGCAGAUCACUAAGAACAUCCAGGAGCUUCUGAGAGCUGCCCAGGAGACCAAACAUGAAAGCUUUCUGCCUUGCUCUGAAAAAAUCUGCAUGGCUGUGACAGAGAUGGCUGCCCUGUUUCCCAAGAGGCCGUCCUCAGAGACAGUGCGAGGGUCUCUGUGUCUGCUGACUUCAAGCGCUAGCCGGCUCCACAGAGAGUGCCAGAAGGCUGCAGAACACAACCUCAGCCCGUCAGACAUCCAGCUGGUCACUCAGCAGGUCAUUCAGUGCGCCUAUGACAUAGCCAAAGCUGCCAAACAACUUGUUACUGUGACAACCAAAGAAAACAACAACUAAUUAAACUCCAAAGACACUCCCAAUGCGCCAAACAUACAGCAUAUAAAUGAUGUUAAUCAAUGGUUUCCCUUCCCCCCCCAUAUUAAUCAGUGUAAGCUUUUGUGUACAUUCCUAGAGGUGGAGAAAAAAAUAUAACAUGCAAAAUCAUAGCUCAAUCAAAAGCUUUAUUUAUUUUGUUUUUAUACCAUGGUAAUAAAAAGUGUGUAUAUAUACAGGGGGGGGGGGGAAUACUUGUUCUUUACCUCACAGAUUGAAUCUAUUCAGUUUCCAGAAGUGCAGUGUUGCCUGUGUAUAUAAAAGCAAUUAGAACAAACAGUUUUUUGCAUUAUCCGUUUCCUUCUAGAGGACACCAUCAGUCAUUAGCUGUGCUCACUGAGGUCCGCUUUCUGGUACUCAUAGACGAUCAUGUCUUACCUAGCAGCAAUGAUCAGAACAGAUGAGCUACUCCAAUCACAAUGUUUGUUUUUCUUUAAGAGGCAGUUACAGUGUUCAUUGUUCUUGAAUCAUUGUGGUGUUGCUUGCUUAAAGUUCAAUUGUUUGUUCAGUAAGCCAACUGUGAUUAUAAAAGCAGCUUCAGUGUAUCGAGCACCGUGUGAGUGUCCAGACUUUCAGCCCAUCCAGCAACUCCAGCAGUUUCAGUCCAUCUGCGGGUUGAAACAAUGUUUAUAAGUAAAGUAUCAAUAGUUUUUUGGGGUUUUUUCUUUUUCUUUUUUGAGUUAUAAUGUUACAGCCAUACUUAAGAUGUUCUGUGUGUGUGUGUGUGUGUGUGUGUGUGUGUGUGUGUGCGUGUGUGUGUGUGUGUGUGUGUGUGUGUGUGAGCGUGUGUGUGUGUGUGUGUGUGUGUGUGUGAGCGUUGGCCUCAGUGGCCUGUGUGAAAUCCAUUUUGAAUCAAUUUUACUAGCGUUAUGCAAAUAUGUGAGAUGUAUGUAUCCAUGUAAUUCUUUAUCAGAAUAAUCCAAAUGCUAUUCUAUUUAUAAACUGUAUGUCAUACCUCUAAGAAAAUAUCAAUGUUUAUUUUCAUAAGCUUUGGUUUAACACGAUGCUCGGCGCAGGCUAACGUUUUUGUUCUGAGGUCUGGGACGUCUCAGCCGGCAGUUAGUUAUAGGAAACGUGUGGUCUGUUUAUUUUAGUGUGGUGUUUUAACUCCAGUAUUUUAGACGCUUCAUGUGGUCGAGUAUGUACCGCCUACGGCUUAGAGCCAAUGAUAAUGUAAUUGUACCCUCAGUUCUAGAAUAGUUGUUGUAGAACACGGGUCUAAUGUGACACUCACUGUGAGCCAGAUGUGUUUGAACCAGGGGUGGAAGGAAAACUGGAAUACGCUGCACGACAAGUGGACGGCAGGGUUGUGCUCUUAUUGCAGGGUCCUUACUGUGCAAUUUAAAGUGUAAUGUAAUUGGUGCUAGAUAAAGAAAAAAGCAGAUUAAUUUAUCACUGCUCAAUUUCCUUAAAGAGGACUACCUGUUAGAAUGCGUUAAAGAAAAUCUAAAGCGCCUGUUUAACUGUAACCACAGCAGUAUGAACAUGCACGUUCAUUUCUAUCUAAAACUGCUUUCUUAGGUGGCUGGGUGAGGAUUAAAAAGACAUUUAGAAGUAUCCUUAAAACGUCUUCAGUGCACAUGAGUAUACUGUUCACUUCUGGUUAGUUGCUUAAGUCUUCUUAGGUGUGUUUUUGACAGAAUAUUAAACUAUUUGUCUAAGUCUGCAUACUGGUUUUUUGUUUUGUUUUUUUUGUUUUAACAGUACGUGUCCAUUUUUCUACAUUAUAAAGAACUGAAACCCAUCAGCAAAACUGUUCUCUGGUCUUACACUUUAAGAAAUAAAUGCAUAAUUAAAGAAGCACUGACGGCUCAUUAUCCAGACUCAUUUCCAGAAAAUGUGCCAGUUUUAGUAAGGACUGUAAAAGUGGGGAAUGUUAUUCCAUUAAACUGUUAUUUAAUGGGAUACUAAAUAUUUAAAAAAAAAAGUUUUCGUAUUACUUAGUGUAGCUUGGCAGGCCACGAAUGAUAUCAGUGUUAGAAAUAAAGCUUUAAAACGUAUAAAAAAUACUGUUAAAAGUUUGAAUUUUUUUGCCUUCCUGGACUCAAUUGGACCCUUUGGUGGGCUGGUCUGGCCUCUGUACCCUAUGUUGUAAACCUUUGUCUUAAAGGAAGGCUAGGUUUUACUGAAUAGCAUGGUCUGAUCUUACCUGGUCUGGUAGUAGAGCAUUAUGUAAAGGUGGUUACAGCAAACCUACGAAGGCUGUCUUAGAAAAUAAAUACCACUGCCAUUCAUCUCCUAAAAACCAGCCAUAGUACCUCUGUGAACAAAAUGUAACGCAAAGCAAUUUAAGUAGCAUAUAAAUACUUUUUAGACUGCCAUUUUUUUUAAAAGCACAUAAACUACUGACUUUAUAAUGUUAUAAUGCACGUAUUCAGUUACUUCCACCCUGGAGUCAAAACCGUCAUUUAACUCCCUGUAACUUGGAGCCUGCCCUAUCUGUGGUUCAAAUCAAUCCCUGCCUUAGGUAUAAUAAAGUCAUUCAUACCUCA